AUGGCCCCCUCACUUCCUCUCAUGACCGCAACCGAGCUUGCGGUGCACACCUCGGCCCGCUCGGCAUACAUCAGUCUCAACAACCGCAAAAUUUACGACGUCACCUCGUUCCUCGACCAGCAUCCCGGUGGCUCCGAGCUCAUCCUGCAGUACGCGGGCAAAGACGCGACCGAUAUCAUGGCCGAUCUUGUUUCGCAUGAGCACUCCGAGUCGGCAUAUGAGAUGCUGGACGAGAUGUUGGUCGCCAUCCUGGCCACGCCUGAGGAGGAGGCGAAGCUUCUGGAUGGCGUGUCUGAUAAGGACGCGUACCUGCUCACCGGUAUCAGCACCGAGGAGGACCUCUCGAUCACCACAGACUUUGAAGUUGACUACAAGAAGAACAAGUUCCUGGACCUGAGUAAGCCUCUUUUUCUGCAGGUCUUGUUUGCCGACUUUGAUAAGGCGUUUUAUCUCGAGCAAGUGCAUCGCCCCCGCCAUUACGGCAAUGGCUCCGCCCCUCUGUUUGGCAACUUUAUGGAGCCACUCUCCAAGACGCCGUGGUACGUUGUGCCUAUUGUGUGGCUUCCGUGUGUAGCGUACGGGACCUACGUUGCCUCAAAGGGUCUGUCGAUGUGGGCUCUUGUGCCGCUUUGGUGCCUCGGUAUCUUCAUAUGGACGUUUGUUGAGUACAUGAUGCACCGCAUGCUCUUCCACAUUGACGACAGACUCCCCGAUCACAGCAUCGCUCUGGCGCUCCAUUUCCUUCUCCACGGAGUCCACCACUAUCUCCCGAUGGACAAGCUUCGUCUCGUGAUGCCGCCUUCCUUGUUUGUCAUCCUCGCGUUCCCGUUCUAUCGUCUGGCUCAUGCUUUGUUUCCGUACUACAUUGCCCUGGCUAUCUUCUGCGGCGGCAUCUUUGGAUAUAUUUGCUACGACUGCACUCAUUACUUCUUGCACCAUGCCUCUCUCCCUUCGUACUUGAAGAGCGUCAAGACUUACCAUAUGGAGCACCAUUACAAGAACUAUGAGCUCGGAUUCGGCGUCACUAGCAAGUUCUGGGACGUAGUCUUCGGAACCGAAUUGGUCGAUACCAGUGGACGUCCCAAAGUCGCUUAA